AUGAAGCCAACUACCUCUCCCCAGCGCCAUAAGGACCGAAAUUCCCCUCUCCCUCCUACGCCCACGGAUUCGCGGCCUGCAGAUGGCCAAGGUCGGCGCCCCAGCUCGUCCAGCAGCGGUGCGUCCUCCACCACCUCGAACCUCACCACCCUCAAUGUCUCAAAGCGAUCUCUCUACAGCCUGAACCAGCAGCCCUCUCCCAGCGCUGGUCAGCCCUCUCGAACACCCUCCACUGGAGCUGGCAGCGUUAAUGGCAGCAAUACCUCACUCUCGGGUGCUCUGCGGCCCCAAAAUGACCCUGUUCAUCGCAGGGCAUCUCCCUUGGCCCCAUCCUCGUCUGACACUCGAGGUUUCCGCUCGCGCCACCAUUCCCAAGGAUUCUUCGAGCCAUCUCUACCCACGGCAUCUCAGAAUUCAGCUGCCGUGUCGGCCUCGAGGAUUGCUGCCCAAGCCGCGAUGCAACACCAGGCCGCUCCACAACAGCAGCAGCAGCAGCACCUGAGAAACAGAUCGCAGACCAUACCACCGCCGCAAGAGAGUGGGUUCGCGGGAAGAAGGGGUGCCAGAGAGUCUCCUCCCCCGAUACUGACGAGCAACCUCAAACCCCAGAUGUCCGCGCCCGGGCAGCUAAACUAUCAGAACGGCUCGGUUGGGGGACGCGUGGUGGCAGCGACCACGGCUGCCAAUAUCGCGUUUCCCAGGACUCCUACGCCUCAGAGUGCCAUGACGACGACGACGACGAUAACCGGGGGAGCUGAUCGUGCUGAAACUGGCCAUAAACAGAAAAGUGAGAAGUCGAAGAUGAAGCUGUUUUCAAAGCCAAAGCAUAUGGGAAUGUCUAGAGAUAAAGAAGAUAAAAAGGACAAGACUAUGCCGUCACCAAGUAAACUGGCUAUCUCAGGCGCCCAUGGUCUAGCAAGAAUGGUUAAUGCGUCGACGACCAGUCUGAAUGAUGCUGCUGCUCUCUCAAACAAUGCAUCCUUAUACUCGCUGGCAAACUCUUCAGCAACCACUGUUGUCCCCAUUGAACGCCAGUCUCUGGAUGAAGACAGGGGCAAGGAGAAAGAGAAACACAAACAUCACUUCCUCUCUCGGCAGAAGUUAAAGCUGAAGGACAAGGACGACCACUUUCACCUUCCGCUGUCAUCAGCCAACAGCAACUCACGUCCUCUGGACCCCAGCGCACCUCAGUCACUCUACUCCUUUGCACCCUCGUCUCCAGCUGUGUCGACCUUUGGAAAGUCGAUGAGCGGCCUUGACCUAAGACACGGCGGACGAGCUCUGAGAGAGAAGAAGAAGGAAGAGAAGGCGUCGGCCGCUGCUGCUGCACAACAAGACGCGAUGCUACGAGAGGCGGAACACCAGGCCGAGUGGUCUGGCGCUGCGUCGGUGACGGGCUCUACAGUCACCUUCGGCGGGCCAUCAUCGUCCCUGGGGAGCACACAGGGCAUUCUACCAGGCAACAAUGCGGCGAUUCAGGAGGCGCUGCAAGGGUUUGGUCUCCAGAACAUGACACCCGAUGACGCGUGGGACUUCCUCAAGGCGAAGCUGCUCGUCUUGUUUGAAGGAGAGGAUGUCCGCAUCGCGUUGGAGGAUCUCAACAAGCUGGUCAAAGUACACAUCCAGUACUGCGUCCAGAAACAUAUGCCCUCAGAGGUUGUCGAGGAUCUCCGUGACCUGUUACAGACCGGGUUCGCAUCUUUGAACUACUCAAUCUAUAAGGUGCCAGAGGAGAACAUCAUCCCCCAUCUCGUGAAUAUCUGGGUCUUCGCGUUUGGAACGAUACUUCCGUUCAUCCAAGCCACGUUCUUCCCCCUGGACCUCGAAUUCAAGGGCCACGGCACGAUCAUGAGUGCCCGCGAAGCAAACGAGUUUUGGGGCGCGAAUCCGGGCAACGGAGAUUCAUCGACAUCCAUCGGUAACGAGCUCGAUGUCCGCAAGAUAGUUCUCACUUCGUUCCGUGACAACGUCAUCUUGACGCGCUAUGAAGUCCUGAAGGCUGCUUUCUCCCGUCUCAGUCUCGAGAAGAUGAACGCGAACAUCAACGGACCCCCUACUGCUACUCCGCACAGUGCAGCAACCGCCAGCCGACCAAGCACAUCUGCAGGCUAUGAAACCGGAGCUGGAAGCUACAACUCACAGCCCUCCCAUCUCAUUGCUGGUAGCUUCUCGUCCGAGUCUGCCAUUGCAUCUCUCUCCCGUGCUCGUGCGACGUCCAAUACUUCUUCUAACGCUGAACAACACCCCUAUCCGUCAUCUUACUCGUCCUUCUCCCCGUCUCAACCUUCUAUUCUAUCCCAGACCCAUUCCACCAACCAUCCUCCACCACCACAACCACCACCCUUGGACCCGUCACACAUCACCGAGACAGCCGGUCGUAUGCUCCAAUGCAUAUGCGUACUAGCCAGCGUCCAAAGCGACGAUGAUGCGCAACAGAAGAUCGAAGAGCUGAGCAAGGCUUUGAAGCACAAUUGGCUCGGCCGUGGUAGAACAGGCCGUAAUCGUCGAGGCUUUGUCGGGACCAAGAUCCGUCCACCUCCGCCCCCACGUAAAGAAAGCGACGAACAACCACAACGCCAUUCUACGGACGGUAUUUCCAAAGGUACAGACGGGGCGGCUUGGUAG